AUGGACCAGAAAAACCAGUCCAGUGUCACUGAAUUCCUCCUCUUGGGGCUUUCUGAGAGGCCAGAGCAGCAGCCCCUCCUAUUUGGCAUCUUCCUGGCCUUGUACCUGGUCACCAUGCUAGGAAAUCUGCUCAUCAUCCUGGCCAUCGGCUCUGACCCCCACCUCCACACCCCCAUGUACUUCUUCCUGGCCAACCUCUCUUUGGCUGAUGCCAGUUUUUCUUCCACCACGGUUCCCAAGAUGCUGGUGAACAUCCAGACUCACAGUCAGACCAUAUCCUAUGGGGGGUGUUUGGCCCAGAUGCACUUGUUCAUGACAUUCGGGGCACUGGAUGACUUCCUCUUGGGGGUGAUGGCCUAUGACCGCUAUGUGGCCAUCUGCCGGCCCCUUCACUACUCCACACUCAUGAGUCCUCUUGUGUGCAUGCUCCUUCUGGCAGCAUGCUGGGUUCUCACCAACCUCGCUGCCCUCUUGCACACCCUGCUCACGGCCAGGCUUUCUUUCUGUGCAGACAACACUAUCCAUCACUUCUUCUGUGACGUGGUUCCUCUCCUGCAACUCUCCUGCUCAGAUACCAGCAUCAACCAGGUAGCCCUGUUCAUUGUGUGCUCUAUGAUACUGACUGGUCCUCUCUCCCUGAUCAUCCUGUCAUACGCACGUAUCAUCUCCAGCAUCCUCAGGGUCCCAUCUGCCUCUGGCAGGCAAAAGGCCUUUUCCACCUGUGGGUCCCACCUCACGGUGGUCUUCUUGUUCUACGGCACGGCAAUCGGGGUCUACCUGUGUCCUCCUUCAUCACAUUCUGGGGGUGAGGACAGGCUUGCGGCUGUGUUUUACACUGUGGUGACACCGAUGCUGAACCCCUUCAUUUACAGCCUCAGGAACAAGGAUAUGAAGGUGGCACUGAGCAGGCUUUUGGGAAUUCACACACUCUCUUCUCAGGGACUUUUAUCCUAA